AUGUCUCGCCACCAGUACGAUCUAAUACAGUGCAUGAAGCAACCUGGCACUAAGAUAGGAAUGCUAUGUCCACUGUGUGAUGGAAAAUGCCCCGUCUGUGAUUCUUUCGUAAAACCUACUACCAAGGUCAGAAUAUGCAAUGACUGUUCAUUCGGUCACUUGCACAACAAGUGCAUACUUUGCAGUCAUAAUUUAGGGGAAAAUAAUGAGUUGGGCUCGGUUGCAUAUUAUUGCUUGAGUUGUGUAAGAUUAGAAAAAGAUAGGGAAGGCUGUCCUCGAAUAGUGAAUGUUGGUAGUUCAAAGUCAGAUAUGAUAUUCAACAAGAAAGCGCCCUCAGGAUUACUUAAAUGA